UCAGUGAAACUUCCGGCUCGCCGCGAAGUCCUCGACGUCGUCAGCGACGGACCGGCCACUGGUCUCGCGUCGGGCCACCGUGCGGGGCGCGCAGCAACUCAGCCGCGGCGUGACACCGGCGGCCUGCUCGACCGAGGACGUCACCAAGUGCGGCUGGGAGUGACUGACGGCUCCUCGAAAGCAACAACAUGCCGCCCAUGCCGUGUGCAACCCCGCCACGUCACGCAAGAAGCCGUCCUACGAGCUUCGCUGAAUACUGCAUCGACGAUCGCUGUGGGGCUCCCAAGCAGGUGCAGCAGCGCUGAGGCCGGCCUAGCAGUGAGGGCGGCGCCAUAGGCGCACAAUGCGCUGAUGUCGGGCCGCCGCCAGGCCCUGCUGUGCGUCGCCCUUCUCGGAUUCUGGGCCCUCGGUUCCGGCUGCCUACACUGCAAGCACCGUGCUCGCAUCCUUCGAUAUCAGCGCCAGCGACCAGCCGGGGACGAUGAGCGGCCGGCGGUGCGGGUGUCGCGGCAUGCCACCACCGCGUCGACACCGGAGGAGCGCCUGGAGAGCGUCGAAUCGGUGGUGUGCGACAGCACAUCGGGCUUCAGCCCCUUCCCAGCAGACUCAGCAGCCCCUACCGAGUCGUUCCACGUAGUGGAUGUCGAGCUGCCUGAAGCACACGCCGAGCUGCUGCGGCAAAAAGUGGACUUGGCCGCCCGCCUGCUCGUCCAAGUGGCAGAACACAACAGCGAACGUUUGCUGCUGUUGCUGCUGAACGAGACGCUGGCCUCGGACGAUCGGUUCUCGGCUUGCCGGGUUCUGCUGGCAGGUGCCAAUGGCACCGCGUCGCGUCCAUGGGUCACCUACCUGGCGUCGCUGAGCCGCGGGGAGGCCGGUCGGCUCGCGGAGCACCGCAACUUCCAGCUGCCCCCUCACGUGCCAUGGCUUCCAACCGAGGACGAGGACGAGCCGGCGGCAGCAGCAGCGGCGGGCCGACCGCGCGUCGACGCCGCCACUUACCGCGGCCGCUGGUCCAACACCUACUACUCGUGCCAGUUGCGCCGUUGGCUCGUAUCCUAUACUGUGCUGGUGUUCACUGGAAACGCGCCACCGCCGGCAUCCUCGUCCCCAUCGCCAUCAAGGAGGCCCGUGGCACUAUUGAGCGUGGACUUGGACACGAGCGGCAUGGACAUAGACCAGUGCGACAGCGGCGCUCCGGCGAUGGCGCCUCGCGAUGGAGAUCCAGCAGCAGCAGCAGCAGCAGUCGGUGCACUCCGCAUCACCGCCUUCCACGGCACACACCGCUGCCACAACCGAACCUCUCAGUGCCUGUUCGCACCAGGACACGGUUGGUCCCGGGGAUCCUAUGUGUGCCAGUGUCGCCGGGGUUUCUACGCGGCCACUGGGGACCCAUUUUUCAACGGAUCUCUCGUCGAAAGCGCCUGGAGGGAGAAAGUUCUUUUCGGAAGGCCCACGUACGACAUGCUCUACGUCUGCAAACCUUGUCGCCCUGGCUGCAACGAAUGCGUUGACGACUCACCUUGCUUGUCACAUUACAAUUGGGCUUUCAGGAUUUCGCUUUUGACCAUAUCUGUGAUUUGCAUCGUGCUGACGAUGGUACUGGCUGGCUACGUGUACCGCUACCGCAAGCUGAAGGUGAUCAAGGUGGCCAGCCCUGUCUUCCUCUGCAUCACUCUCAUUGGCUGCGCCAUUAUGUACUGCGAGAUGGCAGCUAUAUUUCCCGUGCUGGACGUCUACUGUUGUGUGGCUACCAAGUGGACUCGUCACAUGGGCUUCUGCAUCACCUAUAGCACGCUCCUGCUGAAGACCUGGAGGGUGUCACUGACGUACCGCGUCAAAUCAGCGCACAAGCUGAAGCUGACAGACAAGCAGCUGUUGCAGUGGCUGUUCCCAAUACUGCUGGAGAUGGCGAUCUACCUUGGGACUUGGACCAUUUCUUCUCCACCCGAUGGCAUCUAUCUUAAAGACUGGCAUGGGCUCAAGUUUAAGCAGUGCGAAUACAACUGGUGGGAUCACACCAUGGCCAUUGGGGAGUUCCUCUUCCUUUUGUGGGGCAUCAGGGUCUGCUACAACGUGCGCAACGCCGAGUCCUUUUUCAACGAGGCGAAGCACAUCAGCUGGGCAAUCUACAACAUUACCAUAGUCAACCUCAUCAUGAUGCUGAUUCACCUGGUGAUUCUGCCGAGCGCGAGCCCCGAUGUGAAGUACCUGUUCGGAUUUAUUCGAACGCAGCUGAGCACCACUGUUACUGUCAUCCUAAUCUUCGGACCAAAGUUCUAUCGUGUGAUCAAGGGACAAGGCGACAUGUGGGACAACAGGGCUCGUGCCAGGGGCGUCACCGCUUCUUUUUCGCUCAACGGGGUCGGGCUCAUGCACGAGGAGACUGUGGACCUCUAUCAAGAAAAUGAGGAGCUCAAGGAGGAGAUUCAAAAGCUGGCGGCCCAGAUCGAGUUUAUGAAGAUCGUUCACAUGGAGAUGAACAACCGCCAUCUGAAGCCCAAGCACGGGGGCUUCUUCAGCAGCAGCAGCCAGGGCAACUCCACCCAGAGUCCCGUGGUGAAGGCCAUGUGCAUCAAAUUCGACAACACCGACUCACCCGGCUCGCGCAUCUCGCCCGCCGCCGAGCUGGUCAGCGAACGAGUGUGAGCCGUCGACCUGUUCUUCCGCCGGACAUCUGAUAUUGUUUCAGUGCUGGUUGUGUUCUGUCUUGUCUACGGUGUGACUCUGUAGUGCUUAAUGCGACCACCCCACUUUAGCCGCCUGUGUUUUUUGAGUGUGCUCGGGGACGGUCGGCACUUUGAGCCAGUAACGUGGUUGACGCGUUCGCCAGGCUGGCUGAACGGGGAUGUCGUUGGCCGCCCGGGCUUUAGAAGCGAGUGCCUGGUGUCUUCGUUUUAGCGUGGUGUACAUCGUGCGAUGGGCACAGCGUGUUUAUCGUGCACUGCAAUCACGAACGUUUACCUGAAUCCACGACACGAUGCAGUUUUCCUCAGUAGUGCACCGUCGCGAGGGAAAGAAGAAAUAGAAGGCUUGCGCAGACAGAGUUAACUGCCCGUCCGAAGGCGGCGCUGUAGCCAGCGCCUUAAUCGCGUGCCAAAUCUACACGGCUCUGCACUUGAGUAAAGGCGAGUGGAUACGGCGCAGAGAAUAAAUAAGUUGUCAACUUGGAAACGAAGAUGCCAAACAGCGGUCAGCUUUGCAAUAGACUAUAUAUAAUAUAUAUGGCUCUUUGAUUUGCUUAAAUGCUCCGACGGUUGUUGCAACAUCGCUGUGCUCGGUUCAACGAAAUGCCCAGACAUCGCUGUUCUCAAAGAAACACGCACCUGUUUCAAAGCAAGUAGGGACACAAUGCCCCAUUUCGUUACAUCUUCUAAUGCAGCUUCGAGCGGUCGGUAGAAAGAACAUUUUGGCGGUUUCUAAAAUUGCGUUGACCAAUAAAUGGCUCGUAGUCGAUCGCCUCAUUUAAAUUCUUCCCUCGCGGAAGUGGUCGGUGUACAAGACGAACACUUGCUCUCGCAAGGCGUACGGGGUGCGCUGUAUUCUCAAGGUGCACUUGCAACAGGUGAAUAGAAAAGCAAGUACAGUGGCCACAAAGGGAUAAAAGAGCCCUCGAACCUGCUCGGGCCUAUGAGCAAGGUGUUUUGUGCGAUGACUUAAGGUCACCAAAUCAGGAUGUUUUGGAAGUUGGUGCAUGUACACUGACAAGGCGGCAACAUUGAAAAAUGAUGUGUUCGGUACCUUCACUUGCACUUGUUGUUUUAGGCGUGCCAGCUAGGAACACUUUAAGUACCCGCGCUGCUGAUCCUCUAAUGUCGAAAAUGGCAAACCCAUGUGGGGCAUUACUGCCUUCAAUAACCCUACGUAUUUUUGUACGCUUAGUGUAAACGGCCACAUAGCGCAGGUUUUAUGCAAAGUAAGAUCCCUCACAACACCAAUUCCUACCACCUCGCCAACGGUAGCUACAUAGAGUUCUACGACAGGCCGUUUGAUCGUUCUCGAGAGCGGCUUCGAAAUAGCAUAUCCGCGCCUGACGCGGACAAAGGAAAGCCGGGACUGUCUGGAGCACGCCGUAGAAGGGAAGAAAGAAAAAUUACUGUGUCGUAGAAAACAGUGCCGUCAAAAGAUCUAGUCUGAUAAUACCGCAAGAUGUGCAGUCAUAUUUUUCGUGUUGUGUGUCACGCAACGUACCUAUACAUCCACAAGCAUAAUCACAGGAUGUGAAUCUUAUUCCACAAUUCCACUGUGGAAUCUGCACCUGGAGUCUAGCUGUCUGGAAUGUUACUCACUCUCUGUGCCACUGUAUA